AUGCCCCACUCGCCGCCCAUAGUAGGCGGCGGUGACGUCGUCGAUGCUCUCGGCGUGCAAAGGCAUCGCGGGCGUCCACGAACGCCCCCGGAGCUCGAAUCUUCGCAGUCGCUAGACAGCCCCUCUGCAGGGUCGCCCUUGACGCCGCCGCGCCUGACUCCGGGCCGUGGCGCCCGCUUCGGUGCCGGAUCGCCGCGGCAACGCCAGCUCUUUUCUCCUUUCUCGCCCCAAAAGUCUACCGAAGGUUUCAGCCAACCAGAGGACCUCGAUGAAGAAGAUGGUAGUUUCUCUGCUAGCCAAGGAAACUACACUCACGCUCCAUAUGAAGCCCGUCCCCUUGACAGCCGUACUAUCCUGGUCGACAGGCUGAGCGAGCUUCUAGAUCGCCUGGAGACCGGUGAGGCACUGGAGGAUGACGCUCUGUACACCAUGCACACGCAGGUGGACGCGAUGGAAGGCGUUCUCUACAUAGCGAGCAAGUCCAAGACACCAAGCAUCAAAUCCCCAUCUCAGCGUUCAGCCGCCUAUGUGGACUGGCAAGGUCGACAGGGAGAUGGGCGGGGGUCGUUUCGGAGCAGCGGCUCGUCUCCAGCGUGGGUUCGGUCUGGAUUCUCACAGCAGAACUCGCCUUCCCUCUCGAAACCAGUCGCUUCCUCUCAUUCUGUGAGAGAGCGAGCUCAAGCCCUCGGCAAGGCAGUGAACCAACCUUCUAUGGAGGGUAGGAGCGAGGAGCAGUGUUCUCCAGAACCCAGGACUGUGACAAGAGAAGAACCUAAGGUCUCGUCCAAAGUUGUCGACCAAAUCGUUCAAGAGGCCGAGUCCCUGCGCAAGGAUAUGGCCAAGGUGAUGAAGAACCUCCAAAGACGACCCCGACGCAUCAUUCAACUCGAAGCCACGGUUGCAGAGCUCAAAGCUAACAGCGCAGCCGCCAGAGAAGAUCAGAUCAAAAGUAACGAAUCUGAGCUCAACUUUCUGCGCAUAGGCCUGCGGGGUAUUGAGAUUCAGGCCCUAAAGUACGAGGACGGCGAUCCAGUCCUCGUGCGGAGAAUCGAGAACUGGAAGAAGGACUGGGCGAGUUUACGGAGCAAAUGGACGGACAAGGCGCCUAGGGAAACCGCUACUCGGCAUUCGGAGAGCAUCUUGGAAGCCGUGGCCACGGGCCACGACGACUUUCCCUCGGAGAUGCCGCAUUUGGUACGGAGGUAG